ACGAUGCGCGUCACGGCUGCUGCCUUUCUUCAAUAAUUCCACAACACCACACCACUUCCACCACGACCAAUGGCCGACAUCCGCUCGCAGUCGCCCAACAAGCGGCAGAAGACUUUUGCGACACAAGAUGACUUCGUAUCGCUCCAAGACGAGCACGACUCCGCCGCCAAUGCCACAUACGCGCAAAAUCCGCCUCCGUCGGCACCGCGAUCCGCACAUCAUCGACAUCAUGGCGACCGUCCCAAAUCCAAACAUGCCCUGCCAGAUUGUGAACCAUGGCUGCUAGUCAAGACAAAACUGAGACGUCGUUUCGUGCAUAACCCCAUCACAGGCGAGAGUCUAUGGCGCAUACCGCAGUCUGUCUUGCCUGCUGUGCUGGCCCUGGAGCAGUAUGAACGGGACCAAAAAGAGAAGGCCGAGAACGCCGCUUGGGCUGAGCAGCAGCUCCAGCAAAUGCGACCGCAGCAGGGCCUAAAUGAAGCUUCCAACGCGCCGGGAUCCGGUACUGCCUCGGAGCGACGACGAAGGAGCAUCAGUCUGCAGAGAGAAGAUGAGGCCGCUCUUAUGGCCGAGCUGAAUGCACAAGCAGAGGAGGACGCAGCAAAAGCCUCUGCUACUGCUACGAGUUUGCCCACUCGCACCACCACGUAUGGUUACGACAGCGACGGUUCGUAUGAAGAGGUUGAGGUCACAGAUUCAGAAGAGGACGAGGACGAUCCGGCGAUCGAAGGCACGACACAAGAUGCUGGUGCAUCACGAGAACAGCCAGAUGGCAGUGCUACCCCACCGGAUGCGCCUGUUGAGUUCGGAGAAGAUGAUAUUGCCUAUCAACUGGCUGCAAUGGGCGAGGACUACGAACUGGACGCAGGUGAAUAUGGCGAUGAGCCAGAAGCGGGCUGGGAGGAUGGUGCUGAGGGUUUGGGCCUCACCGAGGAAGACGCCACGAAUCUGUUUCGUGACCUGCUCGACGAUUACCGCAUCAGUCCAUUCAUUCCAUGGGACAAAGUUAUCACCGAUGAGUCAGAGAACAGUAUCCUGAAUGACGAUCGAUAUACUGUGUUGCCGAAUAUGAAAGCGCGACGCGAGGUCUUCGAUACCUGGGCCAGAGACAAAGCCGCACAGCUGAAAGCUGAGCGAGCGACUAUGCAUAAACUCAACCCGAAAGUCCCAUACUUGGUGUUUCUGCAAGAAAACGCGAGCCCCAAGCUUUACUGGCCGGAGUUCAAGCGGAAGUACAAACGCGAGGCGGUGAUGAAUGACCGCAAGCUGAGCGACAAGGAUCGUGAAAAGCUCUAUCGGGACCAUAUAUCCAGGCUGAAAUUGCCCGAGUCAACACGCCAGGCAGAUCUUAAACUGCUCUUACAAAGUGUCCCUCUGAGCUCGCUCAACUCUCAGACUACUCUCGAUUCUUUGCCGGAACAGGUUCUCUCCCAUGUCCACUACAUCAGCCUUCCGCCGAAAGUCCGCGAUGCCGUGAUAGCAGAACAUAUCAAGAAUCUGCCCCUGGGACCAGAAGAUGGCGAAGCCACAGCGCAAGAUGCCACGGCUAGCGGGAGGAAAUCUGAUGAUCGAAAGAGACGAGAGCAAGCCCUUGCUGAUCGUGAAGCCAAGGUAAGAGAGGAGCGGAAGCGCCAGGCAAUGGUAGAAGAGAGAGCAAAACGGGAUUUGCGUGAAGGAGAACGCGAACUGGAGCGCGCCAUGGCUCGUGGUAGUCGUGCUGUCCACUCGUGAGCAUUCAGCCUGAUAGCACAGAUCAGGACAAUCGAAGGCUCCUCCGAGCCACUGCACUGACGCUUGAAGCACAGUAUGCCACAGAUCCAGCAAUACCAGAAGAGCGGCUAUACGGGCCUGCUAAGCCGUCGUAGCCGUGGCGGUUCUUCGGACUGCCUGCUUUUGGAAGACUCAAUGCCUGGCAGAGGUCACCUUGAUGCGAGGACACCAAUGACAAUUCAAGCCCACAGGAACGGCAGCUGGCCAAUCGCAAUGGUAUACUUAGCUACCUUCACGAGCCGUCACCGCUAGACGUAAUUGCUGCGAGCUGUGCGAGCCGCCUGCAAGGGCAGCGUCGAUCUAGUCGACGGAGCGGCCUGCAGUGAGUAUCUUUACCUGGGACCACGUCAUGCAGCCUUGUGUAUCUGCAUUACAGCGUGGACCUUGCCGACUUGGUAAUAUCACGAAGCGUCGAGUGACCAUCGAAGCACCGAUCGGCUUCGCUGCAGGAACGAAUGUGAAGGGUGAAGUAUCGAUUACAUCUUGAUGGCAUUCCGAUCUAUUCUUGAUCACGGGAAGGGGACUGGUGCUCAACGACUGUCAGCUUGACAAGUUUGUGACACUUGAAAGGGUAGAGAUAUGUCGUCAUCAUCGCCAUCGAUCAUCGCCCAAAGCAAGAGAUGCGGCGUGGUAGCGCCCAUAAAAUGUGAAGUGAACCCCUGUACUCUUCCUCAUUGAGCCUCCUUGACGGGCGUGUCUGUAGCCUCAUAAUCACAC